AUGACCAGAGAUCUAGUAUGGGAAUGCCGAUACAAGGAGCUUGUGGAAUGGAAAAGGAUCCACGGGCACUGUGAGGUACCUCAGAAGAAUGGGAGCCUUGGACGAUGGGUUCAUCGUCAGCGUGAAAGCAAGCACAAGAACAACAUGAGCGAAGAAAGAACGCAGAAGCUGAAUGAUCUUGGUUUCGUUUGGCGUCAGAAGUCGUCGCGACCAACGGACACCUGGGACGAGAGGUUUCAGCAGCUCGUUUCCUACAGGCAAGUUCAUGGAGACUGCAACGUACCCCAGUCGUACGAAGAUAUGCCUGGUUUGGGACGUUGGGUGAACCGUCAGCGUACUGCCAGGGCAAAAAAUGAACUUGGAGAAGAGAGGGUUGCCAAGCUACGAGGCCUUGGCUUUUCAUUCAACACGAAGAACUUCUUGUGGGACGCCCGCUUUCAAGAACUCGUUCGGUUCAAAACCGAAACCGGUCAUUGUGAUGUUCCAUAUGGCUGGAGCGAAAACAAAGAACUCAGCAAGUGGGUACAAAAGCAACGCUACCUGCACACUCUCAAGAACCGAGGCGCCAAAAGUAACCUUACCGAUGAGAGAGAAUCGAAGCUCAAAUCCCUGGGGUUUGUAUGGAACGCCAGUAGUACUUCCUGGGACACACACUACAAUGCCCUAUGUCUUUACAAGAGACGACAUGGAAAUUGCAACGUUCCUCGUCCCUACCCAGAGAAUCCAAAACUAUCUAAUUGGGUCUACAACCAUAGAAGCGAAUAUUCCAGAAAACGUCGUGGUCUCAAGAACAAUCUAACAGCUGAGCGCGAAGAAAAGCUUAAUGCCGUUGGAUUUUCAUGGGUUCUCAAACAAAAGACAAAUCCAGAUGUACAAGAGCACGACGAACGAGAUGAUGUCACAUCCAGUCCCAAAAGAGGAGCUGAAUGGCUGGAAUCAGAUGAUCGCACUGAGGCUUCGGACCACAAGCGUCAUUGUGCCGAAGUGCGAACAAUAUCAUCGCCAGUCCCAUCCUCUUGCGAUGUUCCCCAGAAAGCGCGACCCAAUUUGUCGCACGAUGACGAUCAAGUGAUGGUAGCUUCACAACUGCUAAACCUACGUGCUUUAUUCUAG